AUGGAUUUUCUUUCGGCCGGUAAUUCAUCGAGUAUUGAUGAUGUUGUAUCAGUCAAUAUUAGUACAACAAAAAAAUUAUCAACAAUUAACUAUGAACAAAAUAGUGAACAAUUUUUAAGAACAUUUUCCACGUGGAACGAACAUGAACAAUUAUGUUUUGUUGAAAAUCUAUUAAAACAAAUGAAAAGUCAUCAACAUGGACAAGUUAAUUUAUUUUUAUUACCAAUGUUAAAACGUGACUUUGUUGGACGUUUAGCAUCCUAUGGACUUGAGCAUGUUGCAGAAAAAAUUCUUGGAUAUUUAGAUGAUAAAUCAUUGAAAUCAACCGAACUUGUUUGUCGUGAAUGGUAUCAUGUUAUAUCAGAUGGUAUGCUAUGGAAAAAAAUAAUCGAAAGAAAAUUUCUCUCAAAUUCAUUAUGGCGUGGCCUAGCCGAUCGUCGUGGUUGGACGAAAUAUCUAUUCCGUCAAUUAAUAAUCAAUGGUGAAAAGCCUAAACGUCAUGAAUUUUAUCGUCAAUUGUAUCCUCAAAUCGUACACGAUAUUGAACAGUUAGAAGCAAAUUGGCGUAAAGGAAGUUUUCAGUUAGAAAAAAUUCAAUGCCGUUCGCAGAAUAGCAAAGGUGUUUAUUGUUUACAAUAUGAUGAUGAAAAAAUAGUUAGUGGUCUUCGAGAUAAUACAAUUAAAAUAUGGGAUAGAAAAACACUCGAAUGCGUUAAAGUUUUAACAGGACAUAAUGGUAGUGUUUUAUGUUUACAAUAUGAUGAAAAAGUUAUUGUUACCGGUUCAUCGGAUUCAACCAUACGUGUAUGGAAUGUUAAAACUGGUGAAUUAAUUAAUACACUUUUACAUCAUUGUGAAGCCGUACUUCAUCUUCGAUUUUCAAAUGGUACAAUGGUAACAUGUUCGAAAGAUCGUUCGAUUGCUGUCUGGCAAAUGAAUUCACCAAUUGAUAUAACUAUACGUCGUGUACUUGUUGGACAUCGUGCUGCAGUUAAUGUAGUCGAUUUCGAUGAUAAAUAUAUAGUUAGUGCAAGUGGUGAUCGAACAAUUAAAGUUUGGGACACAACAACUUGUGAAUUUGUUCGAACACUUCUUGGUCAUAAACGAGGCAUUGCCUGUCUACAGUAUCGAGAUCAUAUUGUUGUUAGUGGAUCUUCAGAUAAUACUAUUCGAGUUUGGGAUAUUGAAUGUGGUGCAUGUCUCCGUAUACUUGAAGGACAUGAUGAACUUGUUCGAUGUAUUCGUUUCGAUUCUAAACGUAUUGUUUCGGGUGCCUAUGAUGGUAAAAUCAAAAUAUGGGAUCUUCAAGCUGCACUUGAUCCACGUUCACAAACAGCAUCACUCUGUAUAAAAACUCUUAGUGAACAUACAGGACGUGUAUUCCGUCUGCAAUUCGAUGAAUUUCAAAUCGUUUCCAGUUCACACGAUGAUACUAUACUCUGCUUCAAUUUUCUUCAGCCCGAUUCGUCAACUCUACCGAGAUCACAACAUUCACCGACUAGUUUAGGCGCAUGUCAAACAUCAGUAUCAAAUAUGAUUAGAUCAUCAACGAAUAUGGAAUCAUCCGAUAAUGGACAUACAAAUGAAAAUAAUCACACAUCAAAUGUACUGCAAAGUCAAGUAUCUGUUCAAUCAACAGCAUCAUCAUCGAGUUCAGAAAAAUAA